ACGAAAAACUCGUCGAAAGAUUAAUGAACUUCGCAAACUGGCCGUUCCACGUGGUGGCGCCCGGCGACUUGGAGGCGAGUUACGGCCACGUAGCCCAUCGUGUCAAAACUUGCGCGAGCUCUCUCCUCGCGAUUCCGACAAGAAGUUCUCAAACAGUCGUGCAGUGAUCAAGUUUCUCCAGCGAUUUUCUCACUUUCUAGUGUAAUUUCCAGAAAUCUGCCACCAUGGGGAUAAAAUUCCUGGAGGUGAUAAAACCCUUCUGUAGCAUAUUACCUGAGAUUGCCAAGCCAGAGAGGAAGAUCCAAUUCCGGGAAAAGGUGCUAUGGACAGCCAUAACACUCUUCAUCUUUUUGGUAUGCUGCCAAAUCCCUCUUUUUGGCAUCAUGAGCUCAGAUUCAGCUGAUCCCUUCUACUGGAUUCGUGUUAUUCUGGCAUCAAAUCGUGGAACUCUUAUGGAAUUGGGCAUCUCGCCAAUUGUUACAUCCGGAUUGAUCAUGCAACUUCUGGCCGGAGCUAAGAUUAUCGAAGUGGGUGAUACACCAAAAGACAGGGCACUGUUCAAUGGUGCCCAGAAGCUCUUUGGUAUGGUGAUCACGGUCGGCCAGGCCAUUGUAUAUGUCAUGACUGGAAUGUAUGGAGAGCCAUCAGAGAUUGGAGCUGGAGUCUGUCUCCUGAUUAUUAUUCAACUAUUCGUAGCGGGUCUAAUUGUCUUGCUGCUGGAUGAACUCCUCCAAAAGGGAUAUGGAUUGGGCUCUGGAAUCUCCCUGUUCAUUGCAACAAAUAUCUGCGAGACAAUUGUUUGGAAGGCAUUCUCACCGACCACAGUCAAUACUGGACGCGGAACAGAAUUUGAGGGUGCUGUUAUUGCUCUAUUUCACCUUCUGGCCACACGUCAGGAUAAAGUUCGAGCUCUCCGGGAGGCUUUCUAUAGGCAAAAUCUGCCAAAUCUCAUGAACCUCUUGGCCACAGUGCUGGUCUUCGCCAUUGUCAUCUACUUCCAGGGCUUCAGAGUAGAUCUGCCCAUAAAAUCAGCAAGAUACAGAGGGCAGUACAGCAGCUAUCCCAUUAAACUCUUUUACACUUCCAAUAUUCCCAUCAUUCUUCAAUCGGCUCUAGUAUCAAAUCUCUACGUGAUCUCACAGAUGUUGGCAGUGAAGUUCCAUGGGAACUUCCUGGUCAAUUUGCUGGGCGUUUGGGCUGAUGUGGGUGGUGGUGGCCCUGCCAGGUCAUAUCCUAUAGGAGGAUUGUGCUACUAUUUAUCCCCGCCGGAGAAUGUCGGGCACAUUCUCACUGAUCCUAUCCACGCUCUUCUCUACAUUGUCUUUAUGCUGGGCUCGUGCGCCUUCUUCUCCAAGACGUGGAUUGAUGUUUCCGGCAGUUCUGCUAAGGAUGUAGCUAAGCAGCUGAAGGAGCAGCAGAUGGUGAUGAGAGGUCAUCGAGAUCAUUCGAUGAUCCACGAACUCAAUCGCUACAUCCCCACGGCGGCAGCUUUCGGUGGUCUUUGCAUUGGGGCUCUAUCCGUGCUGGCUGACUUCCUGGGUGCAAUUGGCUCUGGCACGGGUAUCCUCCUAGCUGUAACAAUUAUUUACCAGUACUUUGAGAUUUUCGUGAAGGAGCAAUCUGAGAUGGGAGGCAUGAGUACGCUAUUGUUCUAAGAUGGAGAUGCAUCCUUUGGGAUGAAAUAUUUAGUAAAGAAGACAAAAAAGACUUGCUCCCGGGUGGCAAUUAAAUAAGAGAAAAAAAAAAGAACUAAAAGGAUUUCAUUCUCUCCUCUUUGCGAGCUGAACAACGGAUGAGGGCGAAGAUUGAUGUAGUAUAACAAAAUGUGUGUUGGAAAAAUUGUUAAACUACAUUUCAUCUCUUUUUUUUAUUUACUUACAACUCAUGCAGACAUUACACAUUUAAUUUAAUGUUAAUUGAAGGAGAUAUUUCUUAUUUAAAAUUCCGUGUAAAGAUCAAUACAAAAUAAGAUUUAUAUUUCACCUGA